GUUAUCAGCUGACAGCCGCUAGGCUGGCUGAAAACAUGGCGUACGAAUCGAGUAUUGUUUACACCCUGAUAAUUUGCUUCUUUAUCACUGAUACCGCAUUAUCUGAUAAAGGUAGUAAACCUGGAAAUGUUCUUAUAUUCUUAGCGGAUGAUGGAGGUUUCGAGCUCGGCGCGUACAUGAACAACAUCUGCCAGACUCCGAACAUCGAUGCCCUUGCCAAGCGUGGUCUACUCUUCAACAAUGCCUUCACUUCAGUUAGCAGCUGCUCUCCAAGACAUGUUCCGCACAGCCGCGCCGCGCUGCUCACGGGCACGCCGAGCCACCAGAACGGCAUGUACGGGCUGCACCGCACUGUGCACCACUUCAACUCCUUCGACACCGUCACCAGCCUGCCUAACCUGCUGAGCGCGCAUAAUGUCACCACCGGUAUUAUCGGUAAGAAGGACGUCGGGCCGGCGCCGCAGUAUAAGUUUGACUACGAGCAGACCGAGGAGAACAACCACGUGAACCAGGUCGGCCGGAACAUCACGCACAUCAAGCUGCUCGCCCGGGAGUUCCUCGCUAAAGCGAACCGUGACAAAAGGCCGUUUCUACUGUACGUAAGUUUCCACGACCCGCAUAGGUGCGGUCACACGGACCCGCAGUAUGGUCCGUUCUGCGAACGGUUCGGUUCCGGCGAGGAGGGCAUGGGGCUUAUACCGGACUGGCAUCCAAUUUACUACCAGUGGGAGCAAGUGCAGCUGCCUUACUUCAUCCAGGACACGGAAGCGGCUCGGAGAGACAUCGCGGCCCAGUACACGACCAUGUCGCGGCUAGAUCAAGGAGUAGGGCUGGUGCUCCAAGAGCUGCAGAGCGCCGGCCACGCGGACGACACCCUCGUCAUAUACACGUCGGACAACGGCGUCCCGUUCCCGUCCGGCCGCACCAACAUGUACGACCCGGGACUCCGCGAGCCCUUGAUCAUUGCCUCGCCGGACGCGCGCGCGAGGAAGAAUGAAGCAUCGCAUGCGAUGGUCAGCCUGCUGGACAUCAUGCCUACAGUGCUGGACUGGUUCAACAUUCCCUUCUCGCAGGAAAACAAUGACAUACUACCACCGGAUACAGCUAAGAGCUUGCUUCCUAUUUUAGAAAAAGAGCCCCCGCACUCCGAGGACGAAGCAGUGUUCGCGUCGCAGACUCACCACGAGGUCACCAUGUACUAUCCCAUGAGAGCAGUGCGCACGCGCCGAUACAAACUUAUACAUAAUCUCAACUUUGGGAUGCCUUUUCCUAUAGACCAGGAUCUCUACGUUUCACCUACUUUCCAGGACCUGUUGAACCGCACGGCGGGCAAGCAGCCCCUGCCGUGGUACAAGACCCUCCACCAGUACUACUACCGGCCGCAGUGGGAGCUGUACGACGUUCGCGCCGACCCCGCGGAGCUCAGGAACCUGCACGGUAAGCCGGCGCUGGCGGGCGUGGAGGCGGCGCUGCGCGCGCGCCUGCAGCGCUGGCAGCGCGCCACGGCCGACCCGUGGCAGUGCGCGCCCGGCGCCGUGCUGGAGCGCGCCGCCUGCCGCCCGCUGCUGCAGCGCUAGCAGCGCUAGCUCGCCUUUACUAUCUUACUGCCUCGCAGUAUUGUACUCAAUUAUACUCACUAGACUAGAUUGUUCUCACUACAGACGUUUCAUUCAUGCGCUUAAUAAUUAUUGUAAAAAAAUGUAGCCUAGCCCAUUUUUAUAAUGUUACUACUUACUACGAUUUUAAGAAAUAAAGAAUAGUGAGACUGCCAUUGUGAUCUCGACAUUGCAAAUAAAACUACGUCUUUAAA